GAACAAAACAAAUUAAAAAAAAGGAAAUUUACCCUGUGUGUCAUCUAACAGUUUCACACGGACGAAGACGGCGAUAAUAUCCAGCUAAUAUCAACAUUUUGAUGUCAUCAUGGGGGCCUGUUUGGCACUGUGUUCUUUAGCCAGCUGUGCUUCCUGUCUGUGUGGCUCAGCACCAUGUCUGCUGUGUGGAUGCUGUCCCUCCUCGAAUAACUCCACUGUCACACGACUGGUUUUCAGCUUCUUUUUGCUGCUGGGGACCCUUGUGUCGGUCAUCAUGAUCCUUCCCGGCAUGGAAGUGCAGCUUCGCAAAAUCCCAGGAUUUUGCCAGGGUGGAAGUUCUAUACCUGGCAUCGAAAACCAAGUCGACUGUGAUGUCAUCCUGGGCUACAAAUCUGUGUAUCGCAUGUGCUUUGCCAUGACCUGCUUCUUCUUUCUCUUCUUCGUCAUCAUGAUUCGCGUACGGAGCAGUAAAGACCCGCGUGCAGCUCUUCAAAAUGGUUUCUGGUUCUUUAAAUUUCUGAUCCUAGUUGGGAUUACUGUGGGAGCCUUUUUCAUCUCCGAUCCAGCAUUCAAUACUGUGUGGUACUAUUUUGGACUAGUGGGCUCCCUCUUCUUCAUUAUUAUCCAACUCAUUCUCCUCAUUGACUUUGCUCACUCCUGGAACCAAGCAUGGGUAGAAAACGCUGAAAAUAAUGACAACAAGUGCUGGUAUGCAGGCCUGGUGACUUUCACCUUCCUUAACUACGCCAUGGCUUUCACCGCAGUCGUGCUGUUUUAUGUUUACUACACACAACCGGAUGACUGCACAGAGCACAAGGUUGUCAUCAGCCUCAACCUUAUCUUCUGUAUCAUCGUCUCUAUUGUCUCCAUCCUGCCAAAAGUUCAGAAAGCCCAACCUUACUCUGGCCUACUGCAAUCUUCUCUCAUCUCCCUCUACACCAUGUACGUCACUUGGUCUGCAAUGACCAACAAUCCAAAUCACAAGUGUAACCCUAGCCUGUUGAGUCUCGUGUCGAAUGGCAGCACCCCGUCACACUCUGGUGAACACACGCCAGGCCAGUUGCAGUGGUGGGAUGCUCAGAGCGUCGUUGGCUUGCUCCUCUUCUUCUUCUGCACCCUCUACGCCAGUAUUCGGUCAUCCAGCAACACCCAAGUCAAUAAGCUGCUGCAAACAGAGGAGGGCGGCAAAGAGAGUGGAGAAGCUAUGGUGGGAGAGGAUGGCGUGCGAAGGGCCGUGGACAACGAGGAGGACGGGGUGACUUACAACUACUCGGCCUUCCACUUUCACCUGGCUCUGGCAUCGCUGUACAUCAUGAUGACCCUCACCAACUGGUACCUACCUGACACCAGCACCCAAGCUAUGCAGAGAAGCAAGCCGGCUGUGUGGGUGAAGGUGUGCUCCAGCUGGCUGGGUCUCAGCUUGUAUCUGUGGACUCUCGUCGCCCCUCUCAUCUUACCCGACAGAGAUUUCAACUGAGCAGCAGGUCUUUUAUUUUCAGUUGGUUUUGUUUUCACGGCUGGCUUUAGUGAUUUAAUGGCCCGCGUACCACAAAUGGGUUGGAAAUGAUACAGGACAUGCAUUGGAAUGUUGUUUUUGCCUUUGCCAUUGUGCUUACUGUUUGAAGACUCAGUGUGAUAAUUAACUGCAGAUAUUAAUGGGCCAAGUUAAUGGCAGCUUGAGCCACAAGAAGUUAUUGUAUUUACCCGUGAUUCACCUUGAUGGGCUUCUUCCUGCCACCUGAUAUGACGUGACUGUGUGAGCUGUUAUUUUUAUGCUGAACUUUAGUUACCAGACUAUCACACAGGCUCAGCGACUAGGCACUUUCGCAACACCACAAAUGUUUUGUUAUUAUACGUCAUGCUCAAGACCAGAAACACCAGACUUCCUAUUAGCCACUUCUGGAUUUCCCCCCCCCCCCUUGAUAUUCGAGGACCAUUUUAGUGCUGGGGGCAAUGUGGGGAAACCUCCUUUCAAGCCCCUGCAAGAGAGGAGUGCAAGAGUGAGAUAAGAAUAAAAUGGCACACCCCACAGAUAGUGACGAGGGUUCCCAUUUGCAACUAGACUGUACACACAAGCACAUUAUUGCGCAGUCAGUGUGCUAAGAUACCAACUGGUUAAUCACAGAGCUUUCUGGUCUGGUCAAGGUCAUAUAUACCUGAUGCAACACCUUCUCCAUGUGUGACUGUGUUUGGCCUUGUUCAGCCGUGCUCAACCAUCUGUACCUGUAUAGCAGCAGGCAGGGAAACAUAUUGAUCUUUGGCAACAUGCCUUCCUCACAUGAUCUGCACGGGGCUCCCCGUGUUCACGCAUAUGUCAUCAUUUCCAUAGAAUUCAGAAUUCAAGCUGCAAUGUGCAAAACAAUCAAAUGAGUUGGAAAACCUGUCAUUGCUGUUAUGUGUGUUGCUGGUGUUUUUUAAGUAAUUGGUGUCAUUAUCUUGUGGUUAAGUACAUUGCAGUAUGAAUGAAAUAGGUGUUUUCCUCUAAACCUGAACAUGCAGUCUAGUGCAGUGUUUCCCAACCUUUAUCGAGCCAAGGCACAUAUUUUACAUUAGAAAAGUCUCACAGCACACCUCCAAAUAAAAUGUCAAUUCAGUUGGGUUAAUUUUAUGUUCUGCCAGGUGGAAGAGCAUUUCACUUUUUUUUGAGUACCAGACAUCGCUAACAUGAAUGGAAAAAUGAUCCAUUAUUUGUGUAAAUAAAUAAAUUCCCUACCACAGUUUGUAUAAUUUCCCACAGCGCCCCUGAUGAUCUCUCAUGGCACGAAUGUGCUGCAACACGGUGGUUGAGAAUCGCUGGUCUAGUGUAUGUGAAAUUAGUUUAUUCCAUCAGUUAUUUCAACACCCACAAAAAGGAAUCAAGUGUCUUGUUUUCAGAAAUAAAGUGCUGCGCAUAACCCUUUUUGUAUCACUUUUGUUUUAUAUUAAGCAUUUUCAAAGUAUUGUACAGUUUUACAAUCACCACUUGACUUAGGCGAAGCCUUAAGCCAAAUUGCCAAUUUUAUUAUGGUGGAACAUUUUAAAAACGCUAUCAAAUGUCGUCUUGUUCUCAUUUCAUUAAAGAAUUGUGAAUGCUGAUGCGUGCUUGUCGUGCUCUACGCAUGGUGAGUCCAGCUAUUAGAUAUAACACAAAAGCUUAUGCAUUGUGUAUGUACAUUGGUUUUAAUACAAAUUAAACACUUUGACUCACUCUC